GUCCAAGAGAGAGCUCAAGAAGAAGGUCCCUGCAUGGAAGACCAUCACGAACGAGACGGUCACUGAGAAUCACAGCAAGACGCGCAAGGGCAUGCUCUACGGCAUCACCUUCCCCUGGACCGAAGACAUGCUCCACAGCGAGGAGUGGGGCGCAGAGUGGCUCACCAAGGCGAUGCAUGCCGCCGGCACCUUGCCACAAGAGAACCGGGUAACAAAGGUGAUCCCGGACAAGAGAUACAGGAUUACCACCGGCAACAACGGUGGCAAGUUCCUUUUCGAGGUGGAGUACGAAAUUCCCGACGACUGCCUGCACACCAAGCUCUUUGCCAAGAUCCCGCAUGGCAUGGAGAAG